UUGCUUUGUUUGGUUAUUGGUUCACUUAUUUUUCUCUACAUUUGCACUAAAUUUUCAAGGGAGAUAGAAAUGGCACACCUGCCUCCAAAAGUGCCACAAAACUGGUCGGAAAACUACCACCACCACCAAAAGCUACCGUCUACUGAGCAUUUGCCACCACCUACAACCGCUGCGGCCACCACCCAAGUGGAUCCGUCAUGGGUGGACGAUUUCUUGGACUUCUCAUCAACCAAACGAGGCUCCCACCGCCGAUCCGUCAGUGACUCCGCCGCCUUCCUAGAGAUCCCGAUGAUGGGGGAGGACAAUUGCCGGAGAUCAUCUGCACCAGGGUCAAGAAGCGGCAAUGGCGGUGGUACAGCAACGGAAUUUGACCGGUUUGAUGAGGAACAGUUCAUGUCUAUGUUUAUUGACGAUGAAAACGGGACUGGGCCCACAGUUUCAUGCUCAAAUCCUUCGUCACCAUCAGAUCAUAACAGCAUGAAUGAUCAGCAGCAGAUCGAGGAAGAAGAGAGUUCAUGGAAAUCCGAUACACAGUUCAAUCCCCAUGCAGGAACGAUUAUGGAUAAUUCAAACGACAAGAUUUUUGAUCCCAAAAGGAUAAAAAGAAUUCUGGCAAAUCGGCAAUCUGCUCAACGAUCAAGGGUGAGGAAAUUGCAGUACAUAUCGGAGCUAGAACGCAGUGUUAACUCUUUACAAGCAGAAGUAUCAGUGCUGUCACCAAGGGUAGCAUAUUUGGACCAUCAACGAUUGGUUCUAAACGUGGAUAACAGUGUUCUAAAACAAAGGAUUGCUGCUCUCUCUCAGGACAAGAUAUUUAAAGAUGCUCAUCAAGAAGCAUUGAAGGGAGAAAUAGAGAGGCUUAAGCAGAUGUAUUACCAACAAAACAUGAACAAAAAGAUGGAAAAUGGAUCAAAUGCAACCCAUCAUCAUGAUUCGCCCAUUUCUGAUCAUGCUAAUGCUCAAGAACAACUUAUGAUUAACUAACAAAGCCAAUAAACCCUUGAUCUUCAUCAACAACACUCUUAUUGGAUGUAUGAUUGCAAAGAUGUUCUUAAACUAGAAUCCAAUCAUAUGAUCUCCAAUGGUUCCCACUGCUUGAUGAAGAUUGUUUCUUUAUUAUUAAUUAAAUUUAUCAAAAUGUAAUUAAUUCGUCACAAUGAUUUGUUAAAUUCCCUUCAUUUUAAUUGUCUAUUUAUGAUAUCAUUCGCAAAAAUCAAAAAGAAACGAAAGGAUUGCCUGUU